AUGCCAACGCUUCUAGGCAGAAAUGUCUUUCAUCACUCCAAGGGCUCGCAUGCACCUCCAGACCACAGCGCACAUACGGACCAUAACGUUCGCAGUAGCCGUUCGUUUCUUGGAUUCAUGAACCACACAAGUAGCCGAGAUUCAGCCGGCAGCGAUACGUUGAAAGAGUCUAACAGCAACCCGAAGCGUUCCGGUGGGUCUAUGAACGAGCUGAAGCGGUUUUUCCGGCCCGCGAUUCUACACCGCAAACCUUCACAAACAAACCUGCGAAAUGGGUCGCCGGAUCAUCAGUCCCACUCGCAAUCGGCCAUCCCCCCUUCGUCGGAUUCCACACUUUCACUGUCCAACCGUGUCAACAUCUAUCACGAUGAUGCUAUUUUGGCACAGAAAUAUGGUAAACUUGGGAAAAUACUAGGGUCUGGUGCAGGUGGAUCCGUGCGCGUUAUCACAAGACCCAGUGAUGGUGCUACUUUCGCCGUAAAAGAAUUUCGUCCUCGGAGAGCGAACGAAUUGGUUAAAGACUACGCCAAGAAGUGUACCGCAGAAUUCUGCAUAGGUUCCACUUUACAUCAUCCAAACAUAAUAGAAACGCUGGACAUAUUCAGCGAUGCCAAGCAAAACAAAUACUACGAAGUCAUGGAGUACUGCCCCAUCGAUUUCUUUGCCGUGGUCAUGUCGGGCAAAAUGACACGCGGUGAAAUAAACUGCUGUUUACGCCAAUUGACAGAGGGUGUCAAAUAUUUACACGGCAUGGGCUUGGCUCAUCGAGAUUUAAAACUUGACAAUUGUGUGAUGUCUAUAGACGGUGUCUUGAAAUUGAUCGAUUUUGGCAGUGCUGUCGUUUUCAAAUAUCCUUUUGAUUCAAAUGUUACUAUGGCACAUGGAAUUGUAGGUAGUGAUCCUUAUUUGGCUCCUGAAGUUAUGACAUCAACCAAAUGCUAUGACCCACAAUAUGUUGACAUUUGGUCAAUUGGUAUCAUUUAUUGUUGCAUGAUGUUAAAAAGAUUUCCAUGGAAAACUCCGAAGGAUUCUGACGACAACUUUAGAUUGUUUUGCUUACCAGACGAUGUCGAACAUGAUUAUGUUCAAUCUGCUAUCGAGCAUGAAACUCUGAUGAAGCAAAGACGACAAGAGAAACACAAGGCACGGAAGUUGAAAGAAGAGGGUCUUAUAAUGGAAAAAAUGUCGGAACAUAAGGUACCGAAUCAUGAAAAAGAAACUAGUGUACAACCUUCGCGUUGGGAAAAUGGACAUAUGGAAUCAGAGCACGAAGGUUUGAAUGAUAAAUUAAGUGAAGUGCAGAUUUCUCAUCCAGAAACACCUCUCGAAGGGGCCUCGAAGCAAGAAAUUGUUACGGAUCAGGCAAUAGCUCAUAAUAAACCCAAGGAACAGUCAGAUUCCAAACCUGAGGAAACGCUACAUAACAAAAAGCCUGACGAUCAGCCAAGCGCAAAAGAUGAACAGGUUCAACCUCCGUCUCCGAGAGGGGAACAACAAAUUCAACAAAAGAAGCCUCGUGAGCACGGAAAGGGCAAAAGGGUGAUGCAUGGGCCUUACCGAUUACUGCGUUUACUACCACACGCUUCUAGACCCAUAAUGUCCAAAAUACUCAUGAUUGACCCACAACAAAGGGCUACAGUGGAAGAUCUGUAUAAUGACCCAUGGUUUUCAAGCAUCCCUUAUUGCACUAAGGAUGCCAAAAAGAAAAUAAUCAGAGGCGCUGGUCAUUCUCAUACAAUUGUUUGCGAGGAAGAUGCCCAUCUAGAGCAUUACAAGCCGUGA